GGGAAACUUCUCCAACAGGGGUGGAGGUGGUUCCAACAGGGGUGGAGGUGGUUCCAACGGUUGGAGAGUGGCGCAAUAGAGGCCGGGGCUGUGACGAGGGGCGGUUUUCUCAGAAGAGGGGAUUGGUCAAAGCGAGGCACUGACCGGUCACGUAGAGGUGGACGACAGUUCCCAAAUGAUGUACGUUUAACACUGGAAACUUUGACUGGAAAGGGGAAGAAGAACAUGACAAAGGAAUUCAAAGACCAGAAUGGUUUGGAGAUUGACGGAAGGUUAAUCUGUCGACAUUUCCUCAGGGGAAAGUGCAUCAAGGGUGAUGACUGCCAGCUAGAACAUGCUCUGGACGUCAACUACUCGAUCAACAAAGUGUGUAAAUUCUACGUCCAGGAAUCCUGUUCGAAAGGAGAGAGCUGCAUAUACAUGCACAAGAGUUUCCCCUGCAAGUUCUUCCAUCCUCCAUCCAUGGAGGAGCCAGUGGUCACAAAGGAUUCGGCGACAGCUGAGGAGACAAAGCCUGUCAUUGACAUAUUCCUGAAUCCCCUAAGGUUAAGAAUGCCAAACUUUUACAACAGCUCAUGCCCCUCUGAGCCACAUGCUGAGGAAAGUACCCCCGUGUGUCAGAAUGAAGUGUCAGCUGUGGUCGUGGAGAAGGAAAUUGCCCCUCCUACAGAGUCCGUUCAGUCUCCUGAUCCUCCCCCAAACUCUGGCUUUAAGGAACCGGUUUCUUAUUCAGUUGAGGCUGUGCUUGGGUCCCAUAGGCCCCUGGAAAAACCCUUCCGCAGCUUCUUGGCAGCCUCUAUCAGCCAGACCUCACAGACCCAACCAGAUCCCCCCCACAACUACAUUAGUUCCUCCAGACUCUAUCCACCCUCGUGAUCCACCCCUAAACUCUACAUGCGGCAAGAGAAAUGUUCCUUAUUCAGUCGAAGCUGUGCUUUGGAUUCCAGAAGCCUGUAGAAAAACCCUUCACAAUCCCCACACAGAUCCAAUCAGAUCCCCCCAGCACUACAUUCGUUUCUCCAGAUCCCGUUAGUUCGUCUAAUCCUCGUCUGAAUAAGAGGAAGGCUUCUUAUUCAGUUGAGGCUUUCUCUACGGCCCAGAAGCCAGUGAAAAACCCCUUUUGCAGUCUCUUUGCAGGGACGAUCAGCCAGACCUCCACUACACCUCUCAUACAGAACUCUGCUAAUUCGCCCAUCAACACCCCAGGAUGUAAGGGACUAGCUUCUUAUUCAGUUAUGGCUGUUCUAAAGUCCCACAAGCCUGUGGAUAACCCCGUCGGCAGCCUUGUUGCAGGCCCCAUCACCCAGUUCUCUCGCCACCCUGAUAUACAGACACAACUAGAUCGUCCUAGCACUACAUUAAAUCCUCCAGACUCCACUCGGCCCCCUGAUCAUCCUUCAGUCUAUAAGAGGCCGGCUUAUUAUUCAGCUAAAGCUGUGCUUGGAUCUCCUAAACCUUUGAAGCCAUUCUUCAGCAGCCUCUUUGCAGGCCCCAUCAGCCAGACAUUUCCCCAACAUCCCACACAGACCCAACCAGAUUCCCCUAGCACUACAUUUGGUCCUUCAGAUUCUGCUCCUCCUGCAGGCUGUAAAAGGCCGGCUUCGUGUUAUGUUACGGCUGUGCUUGAGCCCUAUAAGCCUGUGGAAAACCCCUUCUGCAGCCUUUUUGCAGGAACCAUCAGCCAGACCACUCUCGAACCUCCCUCACACUCCCUAAACUCCCCAGGUUGUAAGGCACCAGCUUCUAAAAAGCCCAUGAAAA